AUGAAUAUGCCUUCUCCACCUAAAGCAAAUGCCUACUCUAAGGACAACAAAGCCAUCAUGAAAGCAGUUAAAACUGUUGCCGAGAAGAGCAUGAUGGAUGCCAGUGAUGAAAUCCAUGCAUUGAAAGGACGCAACAAUACUGGGAUCUCUCAUUGUGGAGUUUCUUGUGAUGGAAUGUGGCAGAGAAGUGGGCAUUCAUCAAUGAAUGGCUGUGUGACGACACUCUCGAUUGACACUGGCAAGUGCCUUGAUGUCGCAGUGUUAAGUAGUCUGCCGAGGGUGACAAAGACACAAGGACAGUGA